AUGAGAGUUGUUAUCAAAAAUACCAUGGCAGGAGAAACAAAAACAAUUUUAUUGAUAUGGUCCCUUUUAGUGACAACUUCAUUAGGAAGACAAACAAAUUUGAGUAGUUUCCCAUCAGACUUUGAAUUUGGAGCUGCGACUUCUUCGUAUCAAAUAGAAGGUGCUUGGAAUCUCGACGGAAAAGGAUGGUCAAUGUGGGACCAUCUCGUUCGCACAGCGCCGUAUCACAUAUACGACAACACAACAGGGGAUAUAGCAGCAAACUCUUACUACUUAUACAAACGCGACGUCGAAAUGCUUAAAGAACUGGGUGUCGAUAACUACAGAUUCUCGAUUUCAUGGCCGAGGAUCCUGCCGUACGGCAGGCCCGAUUACGUCAAUCCGUACGGCGUCGCGUAUUACAAUGCACUCAUCGAUGAAUUAUUAGCGAAUGGCAUCCAGCCGUUCGUUACGAUCUACCAUUGGGAACUACCACAGAAUCUGAACGAGCUAGGUGGCUGGCUUAAUGAGGAUAUAGCGGGCUGGUUCGCUGAUUACGCGAGGGUGUUGUUUGAGAACUUUGGCGACAGGGUCAAACAUUGGCUGACGAUCAACGAGCCGGAUGUCCAUUGCUACUUUGGUUAUGAAUCAGGUUACCACGCUCCAAGAGUAGUCUCCCCUGGUGUUGGGUACUAUGAGUGUGGCAGGAAUAUACUACUUGCUAAUGCUAAAGCGUAUCAUGUUUAUGAUGACGAGUUCAGAGCAUCUCAAGGAGGAGAGAUUGGGAUAGUUAUAAGUAUGGAAUGGCCAUUACCAAAAACCGAUUCUGCAGAUGACCACGAGGCUGUUGAAGACUUUAUUGCGUUUAACAUUGGUCAGUACAUGGACCCGAUAUUUUCGGAAAAUGGUAACUACCCGCAACGUCUCAUCGACCGCGUGGCAGCGGCGAGCACCAACCAGGGUCUGAACGCCUCACGUUUACGUCCGUUCACCAGUGAGCAGAUCGAGUAUAUAAAAGGCACAGCAGAUUUCCUCGGAUUCAACCACUAUACCAGCAAAUUAGUGUACAGGAACGAGUCCCUCGAAGGCCAGUUUUCUGUACCUUCGAAGCAUGAUGACGCUUACUUAGGCGAACUCAGAGAUCCAUCUUGGCCAGUCGACACAGGAUUUGUACACGAAUACGCUCCAGGUUUCUACAACUUACUCAUUUACCUUAAAAACACCUACAAUAAUCCCAAAAUAUACAUAACGGAGAAUGGUUGUUCUACAAGUACGGGGCGAAACGACACAAGUAGAGUACAGUACUACCGAAAUUACCUUAGCGCAUUACUUGACGCUUUAGCAGAGGGCGUUAAUGUCAAAGGAUAUUUCGCCUGGAGCUUGAUGGAUAAUUUUGAAUGGAGUUUCGGCUAUAGUUUAAGAUUUGGCAUCUACGAGAUUGACAUGGAUGAUCCAGAAAGGAAGAGAGUCCCGAAAAAGUCGGCUUUAGUGCUAAAGGAAAUUAUCAGAAGUAGAGUAAUUGACUAUAACUAUGACGUCGAUCCUUAUGCUUUUUCGGGAGCAUUAGUUCGAACUGCGUCAAUUUUCACUGUCGUACAACUGGCAACAUUAAUUAUUAUUUUAAGAAUCUACUAA